GCUCGGCAGGGCCCUGGGAGAGGCGUUUUAGCCGCAGACAGAGAAGGUCGGCCGGUUCUAAUCGCGAAGCGAGGCAGAACGACGCGAGACUACCUACCGAGUACUAUAUUUAACUCGAUGGCAACGUUGCGAUGAUGGCGUCUCUCGCCCCGUCGCGGAGAGGUCCUGAUAUAUAUAGUGAGCAUAGCUCCCCGCCGAUCUUUGCAUGUAAGACUUGAGCAACAAGAUCAUCCAUCCCCAUCAAAGAUGAAGUUCACUCCUGUCGCCGCCUCCGUCGCCGCCCUGUGUGGCGUUGCCUCUGCCGCAGUCAAGGGCUUUGACAUUUCGCACUACCAGCCCAAUGUCGACUUUGGCAAGGCCUUUGCCGACGGCGCCCGCUUCGUCAUGAUCAAGGCCACCGAGGGCACCACCUACACCGAUCCCAGCUUCAGCUCGCACUACACGGGUGCCACCAAGGCGGGCUUCAUCCGCGGUGGCUACCACUUCGCCCGCCCGGCGUCGUCGUCGGGCGCCGCGCAGGCCAAGUACUUCAUCGCCCACGGCGGCGGCUGGUCCAAGGACGGCAUCACGCUCCCCGGCAUGCUCGACAUGGAGUACCAGUCCUCGAGCAGCGCGUGCGGCGGCCUGUCGCAGAGCGCCAUGGUCAGCUGGAUCAACGACUUUGUCAACACGUACCACGCCGCCACGAGCGUCUACCCGCUCAUCUAUACCUCGACCAGCUGGUGGACGCAGUGCACGGGCAACAGCGCCGCCUUUGGCAGCAAGUGCCCCCUCGUCGUCGCGCGCUAUGCGAGCUCCGUCGGCACGCUUCCUGCGGGCUGGGGCUUCUACACCUUCUGGCAGUACUCGGAUAAGGCGCCCUGGGGUGGUGAUGCUGACACCUUUAACGGCGAUAUCGCUGGGCUCAAGAGGAUUGCCAACGCAGGCUAGUGACGUGGCAUGGGAAGCAUGUACAUGAAUCGGAUGAACGGAAGACGCUAUGAUAUUCGAUGAGUAGAUGGUUGAGAAACAUAAAAUAAAUGAGUGCCAGCAGACUUUACCUGAC